AAAAAGUGAGGAGGCGUUCGCCCAAACAGGAAGGCGCCUAGAAAAAACAACAACGGAGCCAUCCGAUUGUUGUUUAUUGAUGGCGGAACACGAGUAAACAAGCGGGAAGAUUCUUCAAAGCGGUUUCGGGCGCUUCCGGAAGAGUUCGGAAGGCUCUCGGUUGAACUCCGUGGCUGCAGCCCGCGGUGGCUGCAGUGUUGCUGGGGCUGACGCACACUCGAGAGGCGGGGGAGCUGUCACCGUGCUAAGCUAGUUAGCUUAGCUUAGCGAACACUCGUCUUUAAAACCACUUCUGGUCCGGCGGACGUUCGCAUGUCGGAUCCACCGGAAGGACAUUUUGACGAAGUCUAGUUAGCAUGGCAGGUAGUUAGCACUUGUCAACACGUUGGGGACGCGCUGAGGAAAAACAACAACAAGUCGAUUGACACGCUCACACUAAAGUGUGAAAAAACGCGACACUGAAAUUUUCUUUAGCACACAACUAAGCGCUCACGCUACUUUCCUUUAUUGUUUUCUUUCACAUCAUUUGAAGUUUACUUGUGAUUCGGGUGUUAGCAUGGAGGCUGCAUACCCGGGCAGCAGCGCCUCGGAGCGGUUACGUAACAGCCGCAAGCUGCCGCUCUGACAGCUGCAAACAAACACAUAUAUAUAUAUAUUUAUAUAUAUAUAUACACAUAAACACAAAGAGCGAGCACAACAAGAAGAGGAAGAACAACAUGGAGGAGCUGUGAGACCGCUGAUGCACAUUAAUAACAUUUUCAUCAAGAUGGAUUCUAAUCCCCUCAUUAACGCCAUGGACCCGUCCAUCACGCUCUGGCAGUUUUUGCUCCACCUGCUGGACGACCAGCGCCAGCGUCACCUGAUCUCGUGGACGGGCGAGGACGGCGAGUUCAAGCUGCUGGACGCGGAGGAAGUGGCCCGCCUGUGGGGGCUCCGCAAGAACAAACACAACAUGAACUACGACAAACUCAGCCGCGCGCUACGCUACUACUACGACAAGAACAUCAUCAAAAAGGUGAGCGGACAAAAGUUUGUGUACAAGUUCGUCAGCCAGCCCGACCCAUCCCUGCCUGACGGGACGCGCACCCCAGAAGAAGGCCAGAGGAGGGACAACGUAGAUGCCAAUGGCCAAUCGAAAGGGGGCGGGGCAUUGAGCUGUCAGUCAAAGGGCAUAGCACAGAAGUCGUCGCCCGGCGGCUCCUACAAAAGUUCCCGUAACGACUACAUGAAGUCCGGCCUCUACUCCACUUUCACCAUCCAAUCGCUGCAGGCCCCGCCCAACCCUCGACCGGUCAAAGCGGAGCUGAUGCUCGACCCCGCCCCAAGAGAGGUUUCCUCACCGCCAGUAGGCGCCGCCAUCGAUCCUUCUCGCCACGUGAUCGUCACUCAUGCUUCGCCAUGUUCCACACCUGUUGUCAACCAACCCCAGCCAGCCAACACCCCCGGCCAAUCACAGAACCCGUCCGGCCCCCCGCUGGGUGACCCUCCCCACAUUUACCUCACCAGCGUCAGCGACCCCUCCUCCCUCACGCCGCUCAUCCCCAUAGGUUCCGUCGGGGGCGCCGUGAGUCCUGUACCGCCACAGCCAGACGGCGGCGGCAUGGCUAGCGUUGCCAGUUUCCCUCCCCAUCCCAACCCCACCCCUCACCCAACUCACUCCCCGCCCGUCUUCGUUAUCAUCAACCCCCCUCCCUCGCAGCAGGCCGCUGUGGCGUCCGCACCCCCCUCUGUCACCCCGCCUCCAACACGACCGCCCCUGCCCCCCAUCGUCAUCAAGGAGGAGACCCUGCCGUUGGAGGAGGACCUCCUGGAGAUAGUGACCCUGGAGGAGAAGCAGGUGGAGGAGGUUCCUCAGCUCAUUGGUGGCACGGGUGGAACACAGCCUCAGCUCACCAUCAUAGAAGCCACGCCUCCUCCCAGCAUCGACGCUGAGGUCAGAGAUCAGCAUUCGGGAGACGAGGAAAAGGACACGCCGACAGACCCAUCCGUGUCUGCGGUGACGUCAUCGACGCCACUGGUGGCGGCGAGGUCGGCUUCAGACGUGGUUCCUCCCAAACCGAAGAAGCCCCGAGGCUUGGCGCUGCCGUCCUCCCCCUCCCUACCCCCCGGCCUCUCCCUAGACAAGUUCAACGCCGCCGUCAACAGUCUGCUGGCGCCCGGCUCGGCCGCCAACACGCUGACGCCCGGCGUCAUCACCUCGCACGCCCUGACGCCCGUCCUGUUGACCCCCAGCCCGCUUCCGUCCACCAUCCACUUCUGGAGCACGCUCAGUCCCAUCGCUCCCCGCUCGCCCGCCAAGCUCUCCUUCCAGUUCCCCACGAACGGCAGUAACCAGAUGCACAUCCCGACGCUGAGCGUGGACGGACUGUCCACCCCCGUGGUGCUGUCCCCCGGUCCCCAGAAACCCUGAACCUUCCUGGCCUCUUGUUUGCUCUCCACGCCAGGGUCCCAAGAUGGCGGCCUCACAGUCAUGGCUAGCUUGGAGGACCUCAAGGACGACACUCCGCCUCCUGCUCAUUAAUAUUCAUGAGGAAGAAGGGAAGUCAGACGUUUAUUUAUUUCCACUUCCUGAUCUUGGAGGAUGGUUUUCUUCUAAUGUUAAUGAGCGCCAUGUUUUCCUGGAAGGUGAGUGCACCUUUCAAAACUUUUUGACUUCUUUCAUUUCACAUUCCUUGGAACUUAACGAGGACAUUCCUCGCUUCAUUCUGUUCGAGGAGGUUCGCGUCCGUCGCGCCUUCUUCGUCCUUGAAUAAAUUACGUGUACGUGCAGAUGGGACACGCCUACUGGACCUCAGCGCAAAGACGCGCAGAAAAAAGAAAACCCUGCUGUUGACAGUGUCCCUGAAUGCAUCGCGACCUGGACAUGGCAGCAACACAGUCAGUGUGUUGUUAUUUUCAUGCUCUGUGGUUUCCAUAGCAACCUGACAUUGACUGUUGUGUUUCUAUGCUUGUGCACAUGACACACAUCUUUGGACACAGUUUUUGUGUCUUUUUGUUAAUUUUGAAGGGGGCUAAUUAUCGAUCCCCUCUACCCCUCCCCCGACAAAUGAUGAUUGGCUGCCAAAGAUGUUCCGUUAGAGGGAAGUGCCACUCCGAAAAUCUCGGCGAGCGACACGUCGCCCCGUGACCGCAGCACCUAAGCCAUCGUAUUCGACUGUUUCUAUUUUUCUAGCAGAGAGCCACUGCUUUAUUUUGUCUAAGUAAAAGAACAAGCGAAAGAGAAAAAAAAGCCUUAAAGACGCUCUUAAAAGUCGUCUUUCCCAGUGGGCGUGGCCUACACAAAGCCAUUUGUCGUUGGAACGCUUUCCUCUCACCAGCAGAACAGGAAGAAUGUUUUUAUAUGGAGGAUAAAGUCCAGUCAGCCUCUCCAGGGACCGCUGCCACCCGAGAGACCACGUUUCCUGUCAGAUUUUCACAAUAAGAGCUUUUUGUGUACAAAGUUGAGUAUUGUGUAUCAAGUUGUGUCAAGUCAGAGUCUCUUUGGCCCCGCCCUUCUUUACCUGCCAUUGGCUGAGGAGUUUAUUGAUGUAAAGGGGCGGGGCCUGACUUUAUUUUUCUUAUUGGUAUUUACUGGAAACAUAAAGAAAACAAUAUUUUUUAUUGAUGUUUUUUUCCCUCUGGUGUUUGUUAAUGUUAGGGUUGUCCAAAUUGUUUCCACUGAGGGCCGCACACUAAAAAAUGAACGCAU